AUGGCUGAUGUUCCUCCCCCCACCUCAUCCGAGCUCCUACGGAUGAUGACAGAGCUUCAACAAGCAAACCAACAAAUGGUGGAAGAAAAUCAGAGAAUGCAGAAUCAAAUCGCGCAAUUAGUCAACGCUCGAAUAGAGCAUAACAAUGAUCACCAUGACCGAGAAGAAAACCACGAGCGUCAAUCAGCGCCGACUCAUGUUUCUGAAAUACCUCAGCACGAGGAAGAUGGGGCUCGUAGAACUGAAGAAACCCAACUAGACGCGGACGAAGAGGAGCGCGACAACUCUACCGGCCCGUUUACAGCCGACAUAAUGAAUUUUCAACUUCCCAGACAGUUCACCCUGCCGACGACUUUAACCCCGUAUGACGGGCUCGGAGAUCCAAAGCAGCAUAUCAUAAAAUUUCGAUCUAUUAUGAUCGUUAACGGUGCAUCCGACUCUAUUUUAUGCUGUUGUUUUUCAUCCUUUUUAGAUGGUCCUGUACUUGACUGGUUUUGCUCUUUGCCUGCAGAUUCAAUAUCGCGCUUCCAGGAAUUAGCCAAACAGUUCGAAGACCACUUCGUAGCAUCGGCAAUAUAUCUGCAUGAUUCAGACUACUUGACGACCAUCAAGCAAGGCCCACAAGAGAGCUUAAAGGAUUAUAUUACACGUUUUACAAAGGUCACCAUGAGAAUCCCGGAUCUCCAUCCCGAAGUCCAUCUCCAUGCCAUUAAAAGCGGCCUUCGUCCGGGCAAGUUUCAAGAGACAAUUGCCGUCGCUAAACCACAAACCUUAGCCGAGUUUCGCGAGAAAGCCAAGGGACAGAUAGACGUUGAAGAGCUUCGACAAGCCCGAAAAUUCAACACAAAGCGAGAUGACAUUAUCAAAGAGAUACUCAAUUCCAAGUUAAUUAAGCCUCCCCGCAAAGCUGGCAACUACCCGGAAUCCAAAGGCAUUGAUAAAUCUAAAUAUUGCACCUUCCAUCAGAAGCACGGACACACAACCGAUGAUUGUGUGAUCACCAAAGAUCUACUCGAACGUCUUGCAAGACAAGGCCACCUUGAUAAAUUUAUUGCAGGGCACAUGCAGAAGAAAGUAACCUCCACCUCUGACCCCUCCGCAGCAGGGCCUUCAUCAAAAGAAAAGGAUAAAACACCAGCCCAACCCAGAGGGAUUAUCAACUGUAUUUCGGGAGGAUAUGCUGGAGGCGGACACACAAGCUCAGCCCGAAAAUGUACUUACAGGGCCAUGUUGACAGUCACAGAUGCCUUUAAAGGUCCUCAGCCGGUUCAGGACUUCCCAGAGAUGACUUUCCGUUCAACCGACUUUAGUCAUACUGAUACCAAUUAUGACGAUCCAGUGAUAAUUUCUGUUCAAUUGGGGGACUUGGUAGUCCGCAAAGUACUACUCGAUCCUGGAAGCAGUGCCAACGUGUUAUUUUUUACCAUGUUCGAAAAAAUGAAGCUAAGCAGCAACAUUCUACAACCAUACCAUGGAGACUUGGUAGGAUUUUCAGGAGAGCGAGUCCCUGUUUUGGGUUCUGUGUGGUUACAAACCACACUCGGUGAGCAACCAUUAUUUAAGACGCAAGACAUUCAAUAUCUUGUGGUCGAUUGCUUUAGGCCUUAUAAUCUCAUAUUAGGCAUAUCAUUAUUAAAUAGGUUUGCUGCAAUUGUAUCCAUGGUUCACCUUUGUGUUAAGUUUCCUGUGCAGGAUAAUUUAGUAGCAACCAUCCAUGGCGACCUCCACGAAGCUCGGCAAUGGUAUAACACAAGCUUGAAGCCCAUCAAAAAGAAUAACACGGCGCAUGUCAAUUCCAUAUAA